AUGACCACCACAUCGACGCCGUCGCCUUCGGCGUCAGGCUCCGCCGGCCAGCCGCCCUCGACCUCUGCCUCGUCGUCGCGCCGCCCCCCGCGCAAGAGCACCCUGACCCAGCAGCAGAAGAACCAGAAGCGCCAGCGCGCCACCCAGGAACAGCUGCUGACGCUGGAGAUGGAGUUCAACAAGAACCCCACUCCCACUGCCAUCGUUCGCGAGCGCAUCGCGCAAGAGAUCAACAUGACUGAGCGCUCGGUACAGAUCUGGUUCCAGAACAGGCGCGCAAAGAUAAAGAACAUCGCCAAGAAGAGCAUUGAGAGCGGAGAGGACUGCAAUGAUAUUCCCGAAUCAAUGCGGCGAUACCUGGCCCUGCAGGCCAUGGAGUCCGGCAAGACUCUGGGCCGCGACUUCAUGGGCCGCACCAGCGGCAUGCCCUACGGCAGCGGCAUGCUGCUCAACACCGAGACCAGCUCGUCCAAAGUUGUUAUCCACCACUUCGCCUGCCGAUCUCUGAGCAUCGGCACGUGGCGUCGCGUUGGACAGAGCGCCAUGGACUUGGUCAUCUUCUACUCGCCUGAGAAGUGCUGCGUUACCUACUACAUCAACAACGACUCCGCCGGCUACAAGAUCGAGUACCCGUUCGCUUACAUCAAGAACAUCUCCCUUGAGCUCGGCGAUGGACAGAACGCGGAGGGCGCCUCGCAACGGCCCGGUGGUCUCGUUGUCGAGCUUACCAGGCCGCCAAACUUCUUCAUGGACUCUUCCGGAUCUGGUGGCUUCUACCAGUGUGGCGACUUCACCGAGGACCAGCAGGCGUCGCAGGUGCUCGUUCACCACCUCGGCGGCCACCCCAAGGUUCUCAGCGGCCAAUUGGCGAAGCUCGUGUCGCUCGAAUCGUUCCAGAACAGGCACAACUUUUACGACCCGAACGCCUUGGCCAUGUCUGCUCCAGUUUCGCCGAUCAACCACAGGCCGGCGUCGCAGCCCAACCAAUUCGUCCACCCCUCUGCCGCCCCCAUGUACCACGAGAGUCCCUUUGAGAUGCCCGGUGGCCUCCAGCCUCCUCCUGCUCACCGCGGCCACAAGCGCCAGAGGAGUAGGUCUGUCCCCGUGGCCAUGGACUUCUCGAUGCUGCGCCAGAACCCCAUGCAGCCAUUCAUGAUCCCGCCUCCUCCGCAGACCUCCUACCCUGCUCCGCCGUAUACCCCGCAGCCGCAGGAGAUCUACGCGCCUGUUCCGCAGCACAACAUGUCGGGACCCAUCGGACCCAACCUGAGUAUCGACACGUCUGCAGGAUACGGCAUGGAUUUCAGACAAUAUCCCAUGUCUGCUACCACCGCAAACUCGCCGUCGGACUACGGAACCCCUGGUUUUUUCACCUCGAACCCUGGUCCUGACAACAUGCCUGCUGCAAACUUCAGCACCCCGUACAGCAACCCGUAUCUGUCACCACUGCCCGAUCAAUCGAGCAUUCCGCACCAGUCCAUGUCUCCCAUGUCGGCGAUAAGUCAUGGCGAUCCCAUCAUCGCAAACCAGUCGCCGCCUCUAACCUCGCUUGGUCGCGCCUCUUCGGCAGACCUUUACCCGAUGUCGCAGGAUAGCGCAAUCUCGGAUGAUGGCAUGUCUUUGAGCGAAAUGUACGCGAAGCAAUCGCUGUCGCUGCCUUUCCGCUCACCAAUGGGAGACGACAACCUGGAGGACCUCGACAUGUCGAAUCUUGUUUCGUUUGGCACAAUCGAUCCGUCCAGUCUUUCGCCUGAACAGCAUCAACAGCACCACCAACAGACAAUGUAA